UUUGUAUUUGUUCAUUUAAAGAAAGUGCACUAUAUAACAAGCAUCAUCACCACCCUAAUUACAAUAUCUCACAAACAAAUCUGCUGUAUGAUUGUAUGAAAAUGGGUAUUUUACUCUGCUUAUUCUUCCUCUUCUUUUCAUCUGCUUCUGCUACUUGUAAACAAUGUGUCUUCUCAAAAGCUGCUUUCUUUGCUAGCUCUAAAGGUCUUUCUGGUGGAGCUUGUGGAUAUGGUCCUUAUGCACUAGACUUUCAUGGUGGACAUGUUGCUGCUGCACUUCCUUCUAUCUACAAGAAGGGUGAAGGUUGUGGUGCUUGCUUUCAGAUAAGGUGCAACAACAGCGCUAUUUGCAGUACAAAAGGCACUAAGAUAGUAGUUACUGAUGUUCACACUGAUAAGACCAAAUCUACACAAUUCGUGCUAAGUAGCAGAGCUUUUAGGGCUAUGGCUUUACCUGGCAAGGAUCGACAACUCUUACAUGUUGGAAUUGCGGAUGUUGAAUAUAAGAGGGUACCCUGUGUUUACAAAGGUCAAAACUUGGCGAUUCGGGUGGAAGAGUUCAGCAAAUUUCCUAACUAUUUGGCAAUCAAAGUCCUCUACCAAGGUGGUCAGACAUCUAUCUUAGGUGGUGAUGUAGCCUCGGUUGAUAAUCUAAGUAAUUGGGUUUACCUGAGCCAAAACUAUGGGGCAGUCUGGGACACAGACAAUGCUCCAAGCGGGAAACUGGUGUUCAGGUUUAUCAUUAACUCCGGCUUCGAUUCCCGGUACUUCUAUACCAACGAAGGUGUCCUGCCUGCAAACUGGAAGCCUGGUGUGGUAUACAACUCUAGUGUGCAAAUCAGUGAUAUUGCUUUAGACGGUUGCGCUCCUUGUAAAACCUGGAAAUAAACUGAGUAGUGUUGUAUGUCUGGAUAGUUUUUAUGUACUUAUUAGCGUUACCAAUGCUCAAAAUUGUAGCAAAAAAUCCCCAAGUCGUAAGGCUGGCUGGAUUUUUUUUUUUUUUUUCACCAAAUAUUAUUUCUCUUCAUGAUCUUAUUAUAUCUUAACUUAUUGGUUGUGGUUGUGCCUUUGUCAAAUGUAACAUUAGUUUUAAAACACGGAUGAUGGAUUAUAUACUUUUUUUUUUAAGCAAUGGAUUAUAUAUGUUAGAUAAAACUAAACAUAGCUCACCAAAAGUAUCCAAGAAAACAUAUGGGUUGUG